AUGUUGCAAGCAAUAAACAUAAUUAAUCAAGCAGCAACAGUUGCACAGUUUCUUCGUGCACCAGCGUGGCCCAUCGAGUCAGUGAAUUUCCAUCGUUAUGGAUAUACAGUUCAUCUCAGUCCUGAAUUGCAAUUAAGUCAAAUCCGUACUUCAUUGGUUGAGUCAAAUGCGCCACGACAAAUUUCGUCAAGUCCGGUAUUGUAUCGCGCAGUACCUCCUUAUAUCGUUCCAGUUUCCAAUUCGUCUCCUCCAUUAACAACUUUGCGUGAUCCCGAUGUCCAUAAUGACAUUAGUUUGCUACCGUUUCCGUCGUCUGAUGAUACAUUUGUGACAAGAGCGUUUACCGAACAUUUGAUUGAAACUGGGAGAGUUGAUAUUUAUGCGACCGACAAACGUGGCUCACGCUUAUUACAAAAAGUUUUUGUUGGUGGAGAUAUACCCAUUCGGCAGAAACUUGCCGAUCAUUUUCUGAAAAUGGACGUCUUUGUCAAACUUUGUGAUGACAUCUUUGCUAAUUUUUUUCUCCAGAAAUUGAUCGAAGGGGCGCGAAAUGAUGAGCAGGAGACUGUCUGUUCACUUCUUGAAACAAAUAUGGUAAUAUUCAGUCGUGGUCGCUACUCAUGUCGAGUAGUGCAGAAAGCUUUCGAGUGUUUCGAUGUCGCGAAUUGUUUAUCACUUGUAGCCAAACUGGAUGGGAGCGAGAAGGAUCUGUCAUUGGAUCAGAACGGAAACCAUGUCAUUCAGAAGAUUUUUUCUUGCGUUCCUUUCUAUGGAUACAGUAACAUUGUUAACAAGUAUGUCGUAUCAGCGGAUGUUUUAAGUGAAGUUGUGAAGGACAGAUAUGGAUGCCGAGUUAUUCAACUAUCAAUUGAAAAGCUGGAAGAGGAAGUUGCGAAAAACUCCAAACCCGCUACUUUGCUUCUCGAGCAGCUUGUUUCUUUGCUCUUAAAGGAUUGCUGGUCUUAUUCAACUCAUCCGUAUGCGAAUUACGUCAUUCAGCAUAUUAUAACGUCGAACACAUUAGAAAAACAUCGCAAUACGAUAAUACGCGAACUUCUGAGCAAUUUACUAUCAAUGUCGCAGGAAAAGUAUGCUUCACACGUUGUUGAAAAAGCGUUAAAGCACGCUCCACCCAAGCUUCUUCAUGCAAUGAUGAACGAAAUUUUUGAUGGCUAUGAAUGUGACACAAAAGGACAUGAUGCUCUGGAUGUUCUGCUUUUUGAUCAAUUUGGCAAUUAUGUCAUACAGACAAUGCUCGACAUAGCUGUUGAAGCGAAAGAGAAAAAACGUGUGGGUAAUGAUUCCUGGUUUAAGCGACUAGCGGAACGAAUUAUUAAAAGUCAGCACAAACUUAUAAGGUAUUCGUCGGGAAAAAAGAUUUUGGAGAAGCUGAGCGCGGCAGUCUCGAACGAUAAAAACAUGAUUCAAGAUGAAAAUUUCGAUCCCGCCCUCAGGUCUUUGGUUGUUCCAAAAAAAUUUCGCUGA